AGGGUGGAGGCGACUCCCGGGUUCCCUCCCUGAAGUUCGCGAGGAGUCCUGACUGGGAGUCGGCGCUGCCCUGCCACUGCCACCCCUUCUGCCUCCAUCACUCCGUGAAGGUUGUGGAAUAGCGGGGCGCGGGGAAUUGGAGGCUGACUCCUUGAGGCUGCUGGUGGAGCAGGAUCACUCGCAGGGACCCGCAAGGUUCCGGGGCUGAGAACCGAGGCUGCCCGGGGCAGUGUCACGCCCAGUCGUCUUAGGGUAAAUCGGGCUGAAGAAGGGGCAGAAGGGUUAGAGGGCGCAGAGAGGCCAUCUAGUACCAAGCAAGUGACGGCCCCAAGAGGCGGUUUUGCGGACUGCGCUUUCCGACCCAGGACUCCUCUUUCUAGGCGGAAACUCGGCGACGGCUCCAGGCGGACCGGGCCGGGCGCGCUGGUCCGCCGCAGGCAUGGCUGUCGCGGAGUCGUCGUCGGCGGCGGGCUUCCCGCGUGAUUUCCUGUGGCUGCUCCUGGUUCUGUGGUGCUGGGUGCCCACCGCAGAUUUCUUGAUAGUGGAGAUGGAAGGGAAGAAUCAGACUGUGUUUCUGUAUGACAAUGUCACCAUCUCCUGCAAGGUCCCUGGUUCCACACCCCUGAACAUCAUGAUUAUGGGUGUUACCUGGUAUCGGAAGCAUCAGGCGUAUGAGCAAAAGGUGUUUGAAAUGUAUGGAGACCCUAAUCCUAAAGAGGUAUCCAGACCCGGAGCCAGCGUGUCCCUAGAGGCGCUAGAGAAGGGGGACGCCUCACUGCACCUUCCUGGAGUCCAGCUGAGAGACGCAGGAGAGUACCGAUGUAAGGUGGUGAUCACCCCCUAUGAGGCCCAGGCAACAGUCUUUCUAAAGGUUUUGGCUUUCCCAAAGUGCACCUUGUUUCGAGAACAAGCCACAGCGAAAGAUGAUGGCAACAAAUAUAUUUUGUGUGAGGCAAGUGGGUUCUACCCAAAGGACAUUAACAUAACCUGGUAUAUAUGGAACCACGAGAAUCCCCAGGGCCAGGAGAUUUCUGAAGGCAUCACCAAUGGUCCAGCUAUCAAGAAUGAGGACGGCACAUUUAACAUCACCAGCCGUUUGAGGCUGAACCACUCUCUGGAGCACAAUGUGACCACCUACCAAUGUGUGAUAAGUCACAUAUCCCUGCCCACCUCCAGGAGGUCGAACUUCACCCUGUCUGGGAGAGGAUCUGAGAUGGGAAUUGCCUGGGGGACUAUUGCUCCUUUGAUUAUUCUUGGCGUUAUUGUACUAGUAGCAGUCACUGGACUGAUUGUAUGUAUAAGAAAGCUGCUUCUCAGAAGAUUCAAACCACUACCACAAGAAGAGACUGAAGAAUUGUAAGUCAGUGCUUUCACUAAGGUGCAUUCAUGAUGUAUUCAGAUGGAGGAGCACUGGAAAACUGGCAGUUCUUACACAGUGACAGAUAGCAGAAACCACAAGCUUUCUCAGAGAAUGUGUAAGUAACUGACAUUACCUUUCCUGAUGACUGCCGCAGCUUGCUCAAGAGCAGACUGUUCAAGCUGCCCUCCUGGAUAGCCUCCAGCCAAUCAUCUCUUUUCAAGAAAAGGAAAAAGCAACACUUCCCAAAGAAGAUAGACAAUUGGCCGGCAGGGAUAUAAAAAGGUGCUCAACAUCAUUAAUCAUCAGGGAGAUGCAAAUCAAAACAAUGAGACAUCACCUCACGCCUCUUGGAAUGCCUACUAUCAAAAAGACAAGAAAUAAAACGUAGUGGCAAGGAUGUGGUGAAAAGGGAAGACUUGGGUACUGUUGGUGGGAAUAUAAAUGGGUGCAGCCAUUAUAGAAAACAGUAUGGAAGUUCCAAAAAAAUUAAAAAUGGAACUACCAUAUGCAGCAAUUUUACUUCUGGGUAUUUAUCUGGAGGAAAGGAAUAUUCGAACUUGAAAAGUUAUCUGUACCUCCAUCUUCAUUGCACCAUUACUUGCAAUAGCAAAGACAUGGAAUCAACUUAAGUGUCAUCGAUGGAUGAGUGGAUAAAGAAAAUGUGCUACACUCAUACACACACAGUCAUGCGCCACUUAACAAAGGGGAUACAUUCUGAGAAAUACAUUGUUAGCCAAUUUCGUUGUUGUGUUAGCAUCAUUGAUUAUACUUACACAAACCUAGAUGGUAUACUAGUAGCCUAUUGCUCCUGUACAGUCAGGCUACACUAAAAUCAUAAAACAAUAUGAGACCAAAUCAAGCAGAAGAGAAAAUGAUAUCAAGAGAUACAGUCAACAGACUAGGCUGCUGCUAGUGUAACUCCACAUACUGUUUUUCAGCAAACUUAUUUUUUUAACAAAUAUAUUUCUUUAUUGAUUUCAGAGAGGAAAGGAAGAGAGAGAGAUAGAAACAUCAAUGAUGAGAGAGAAUCACUGAUCGGCUGCCUCCUGCACACCCCCCACUGGGGAUCGAGCCCGCAACCCAGGCAUGUGCCCUUGGCCAGAAUCGAACCCGGGACCCUUCAGUCCACAGGCCGAUGCUCUAUCCAUUGAGCCAAGCCGGCUAGGGCAGCAAACUUAUUUUUAUACAUAGAAAGAGUGUUGGCCCAUACACCAAAAGGGUUGUGGGUUCAAUUUCUGGUCAGGGCACAUACAUAGGUUGCAGGUUUGAUCCUUGGUUGGGACAGGUACAGGAGGCAACUCAUCAAUAUUUCUCUCCCACAUCCAUGUUUCUCUCUAAAAUCAAUGAAAACAUAUUCUCAGGUGAGGAUUACAAAAUAGCAAUAAAAGUAUAGCAUAAUAAAUACAUGAGCCAGUAACAAUUAUUUAUUAUCAUUAUCAAGUAUUUUGUACUGUGCAUAAUUAUAUACACUUUUAUAUGACAGUAGUUUGUUUACACCAGCAUUACCACAUACCUGUGGAUGAUGCAUUGUGCUACAAUGUUAGGAUGGAUGACUCCCCAGAUGAUAGGAACUUUUUUAGCUCCACUGUGAGCUUAUGGGUCCACUGUUGUAUAUGUGAUCAAUCCAUUGUUCCUUGAAACAUCAUAAUGAGGCAUAUUACUGUGCACACAAUGGAAUAUUAUUUAGGCAUAAAAAAAGAAGGAAAUCUUGCAAUUCAUGACAACAUGAUGGGCCUUAAGAGCAGUAUUUUAAGUUAAAUAAGAGAAAGAUAGGUGUGAUCUCACUUAUAUGUGAAUCUAAAAAAGUACCCCCCCAAAUGAGCUCAUAGAUACAGAGAACAGAUUGGUGGUUGCUUGAGGUUGGGGACAAGAAGGGGGAGAAAUGGGUGAAGGGAUCAAAAGGUACAGACUUUGAGUUUUAAAAUAAAUAAGUCAUGGGGAUGUGAUAGCACAGUGACUCAAGUUAAUAAUGCUGUAUUGCGUAUUUGAAAGUUGCUAAAAGUAAAUCUUAAAAGAUGAUCAUAAAAAUAUUUGUAACUGUAUGGUGAUGAAUUUAAAUUAGACUUAUUGUGGUGAUUAUUUUGCAAUACAUACAAAUAUCAAAUUUUAUCCUGUACACUUGAAACUCAUAUAAUGUUAUAUGUCAAUUAUACCUCAAUUAAAAAAAGGGAGGGGGGAGAGAAAGCAAUACUGUCUGCAGACUGUGACCAGUUUCCAUUUCAUAUUCUAUUUAUGUUCAGUGAGUUCAAUCUGUACAUGCCAGUAUAUGAAUAAAAGUAUUCCCCUUUAUUUAUGGCUGAGUUAUUCUU